CUGAAAAAGGACACAAUAACCCUCAAAUCCCUCUCCCUCUCCCUAUUUCAUAUAUGACCAAAACUCCCAGGACAGAUUUUGAAUCUAUGUCUCCUUUUGCCGGAAAGUACAAACUUUGCACCAUCUAGAACUACUGCAAGCAACCCCUUCUCUCUCUCUCUCUCAAUUGAUUUGAUUUGAUUUGUAAUCUCCUCCUUCACAAAGUCUCCUCCUUCAACAAACCAAAAUCUCCAGAUUCAAUCCAAAACCCUAAUCCCCACUCUCUCCCCACCCCCACCCCCGUGAAUUUCUUGACCAUCUUACCAAACCCCCAUAUUUUUUAUGGGCCAUGCAAUCAUGUGUUAACCUUAGGCACCGCCCGCAAGGAGGCCAGACGAGAGAGUCCCCGGCCGCCGGUAGCACCGCCAUUCUAGGGUUUCGGAUCCGAUCGUGAGCCCCGAGCUCGGCCCUUUCUCUUCCGACGCGGAAUGCCCCGCGAUCGGACGAGCUCCCUCCCGUGAAGAAAGAAGAAAUUUUUCCUUACUUUCUCCGGCGGCAAUGUCGGACGACAUGCUGUUGCAUCUCUCCUCCAACUCGUCCAACCAAUCGGACCAGUCCACCAAGUUCGCGAAGCUCGAGGCCCGCUUGGUCGGAAAGGCCUCCUCGGCCGUCACUUCGAGCUUGCCCCCGCCGCCGCAGCAGCAGCAGCAGCAACAGCAGCAGCCGCAGCAGCCGCAGGCUCGGCCCUCGGUGUCCUCGGCUUCGAAGUUCGCGGACGAUUUGGUCGCGCAGUCGAGUUCCAGCGACUCCGACGAUGAUAUUGCAGGGGAGUUUCUUAUACAAGCUAACACUCAGAAGCGGCGAAAGGUUCAAGUGGAUGAUAGUUUAACUUUUUCAGAAUCUGUGGAGGCAGUUGAUAGUUUGGCAAAGAUGGCAGAAACCCUGGAAACCAAGGUUAAUUUUGAUGUUGGUAGGAAAAAACAUAGUCGUGGUAGGUCACAGUCUGGAAGGGGUCGUGGGUCCAGAUCUAAUGAUCAAACGAGAUCACAAAUUUCUGCAUCGACAAUUUCAUCACUUAAUGGACAGCUUGAGAACUCGUAUCAUAAGGAUACUAAGCCUAAAGAGCAAUUACAAAAUGACAGUCACUACUCUUCAGAGCAGGAGGAGGUUUUAUCUUUACGAGCAAAAGUGGCAGCAUUGGAGGAGGAUUUACGUAAAUCACGGAAAGAGACAUCUGAUUAUCAGAACCUCUGCCGGCAAUUAGAAAAGGAACUUAAGGACCUCAAAGACCAUGAGCAACAAAUGAAGCCAAAGAGAACUAAAAUAAUAGCUGACCUGUUGAUAUCUGUUUCAAAAGCUGAACGACAAGAAGCAAGGCUCAAAGUCCGGCAGGAUUCUUUGAGACUUGGCAAUGUUGGUGUAACAAGAGCUGGAACUCUUAUAUCUGAAACGUGGGAGGAUGGACAAGCAUUAAAAGAUUUGAAUGCUCAUCUUAAACAACUAUUGGAAACUAGGGAAGCUAUUGAGCGGCAGCGGAAAUCCUUAAAGAAAAAACAAGCUGACAAAGGUGAUGGACCCGAUGGUGAAAAUGGAGUUCCGGAAGAGGAUUUUCUUCUCCAGGAUGAGAUAUAUAAAUCUCGUCUAGCCAGCAUUAAACGAGAGGAAGAAACUAUCCUACGUGAGAGAGAUCGGUAUGAAUUUGAGAAGGGAAGGCUCAUAAGAGAAAUGAAACGCAUUAGAGAUGAGGAUGGUUCUCGUUUUAACAGUUUUCAGAUCCUCAAUCAUCGAUAUGCCCUUUUGAACCUUCUUGGCAAAGGUGGAUUCAGUGAGGUUUACAAGCAGGCAUAUGAUUUGGUAGACCAUAAGUAUGUUGCAUGCAAGCUGCACGGGCUGAAUGCUCAGUGGAGUGAAGAAAAGAAACAAAGUUAUAUACGUCAUGCAAUCCGCGAAUAUAAUAUUCACAAAACCCUGGUGCAUCACCAUAUUGUUCGGCUCUGGGAUAUUUUCGAGAUUGACCACAAUACAUUUUGCACUGUGUUGGAAUAUUGUAGCGGUAAAGAUCUUGAUGCUGUCCUGAAAGCAACGCCGCUAUUGCCUGAGAAAGAAGCUAGAAUCAUUAUAGUGCAAAUAUUUCAAGGUCUUGUGUAUUUGAAUAGGAGAGUGCAGAAGAUCAUCCAUUAUGAUCUGAAGCCUGGAAAUGUUCUCUUUGAUGAAUUUGGUGUUGCAAAAGUGACUGAUUUUGGUCUCAGUAAGAUAGUUGAAGAUGAUGUGGGAUCUCAGGGGAUGGAACUAACAUCCCAGGGAGCUGGGACUUACUGGUACUUGCCUCCGGAAUGCUUCGAGCUGAGCAAGAUACCCCUGAUAUCAUCGAAGGUUGAUGUAUGGUCAGCUGGUGUUCUCUUUUACCAGAUGCUCUUUGGGAGGCGUCCUUUUGGGCAUGACCAGACCCAGGAAAGAAUACUGCGCGAAGAUACAAUCAUUAAAGCUCGAAAGGUUGAAUUCCCUUCAAGACCUACUGUCUCAAAUGAGGCAAAGGAAUUGAUUCGUCGCUGUCUAACGUAUGAUCAGGCAGAUAGACCGGACGUCCUGACGAUUGCUCAUGAUCCGUAUCUCACAUACACAAAGAAAUAGUGUUAAUACAGACAGGUAAAGACGCCUGUAGUGUAGAGGGCAAAAAGCAAUUUUUUUUGGCUGAAAACAGUGAGAAAUGAGUUUCUAUACCCCAAUGGAAUUUUGUACAGGUUGUAAAGGUCUGUUAAUUCCCUUUUUGUUGUUGCUUAUUUACCCAAAAACCCGAGUUACUUCCUUUUUUGCAAUUUCUCCCCUUCUAUUUUGUCACAACAUGUUCAUAUUUUAUAAUUCUCUCCCCCAAGACCAAUUUUGGACUUGCCAUCCUCAUGUAAUUGGUUGGACAGCAUGGUAAGUUAAUUUCACCAUGACUUUUCUAGCUUAA